AUGGCAACAAACACAGUUAAACUUAAUGACAAGUGGAAUAUGAAUGCAAGUGUGAAUCAUUCAAUUGGCAACUAAGGGUCUUAGAUUCAUGGUUACUAGUCAAACAGCAGAGCGGCAUCCCGUGGUCACCAGAGCAAGGGCAAAAAUAAGUAUACUCUGGCACCUAUUGAUCAUCAGAAAUCUCUCCAAAAAGUCAAUUAGACUAUGCUUGCUAUCCAGCCUAUGCAUUAGCAUUUUAAUCCAAUGGGUUAAGCUCCUUCUCACUAACAAUCUUAUCAAAACAUGAUGAAUCCUCAAGUAGCGCCAUCAUAUGGAAGUCCUGGCCAAUACUAGGGAAUGGGAUCGAAUAUUGGAAACAGUGCAAGCAAAAAUAACAGUUUCAAUUAGAGAGCCAAUAGCUUUAUCGGCAAUUCUGGUGGUGGGUUAUAACCAUUAAUGAAUCAAUACUAGAUGUCGCCUUCAAUUAUGAACAACUAAAUGAUGAUGCCUUAUUAAGACCCUUACCAAGGUGGCUAUAUGAAUCCUGCUAUGUAUGGAGGGAACUAAUCUCUAGUUCCAUUUAGAGGAGCCUUGAAUCCUCGUGAGUUCGAAAUGGAAUUAUCUGGCAUCAGAGCUGUAGACGAAGUUCAAAUUGAUCACACCUCUGUUCUCGCUAUAAAAAGAGGAGAUUUAGCUAUCAUUUAAGGAGAGGUAUUUAAAUGUUCACCUUCUGCUCCACAUUUAAGAGAUAUUCCAUUGGUACUAAAGAGGCUUGAUUGUGUUGACAGGAGAAUAUAUGACUUGAAAGUUUACGAACUUGAUACUUUUAUGAGAUUCAGAGGCCAUCCAAAUAUCAUUUCUUUGUUUAGCUAUUGGGCUGAGAAACCUAGCAGCCCCUAUCAAUAUAAGUCUCUAGUUUGCUUAUUUGAAGAAGCACUCCUUGGUGAUAUGCUGAAAACUGUGGUGUUAAACCCAGUAAGACCUUCAAACAGACUGGCUAUGAAGUAUCUUUGUGAUGUUUGUAAAGGAUUAGCAUCACUUAAUAACUGUAACAUUAUUCAUGGAAGCGUCAAGCCUUCAUCAAUAUACAUCUAAUCUGACAAUACUGCAAUGAUUGGUGAAUUGGGCAAAGUGGAGUUAGAUUCUGCAAGACAUACUCAUUAACUCUUCUCUAAGGUAUUGAUUCAGGAUGCGAUGCCACAUACUUUAGUUUACUGGGCUCCAGAGGUGCUCAGAUUAGAAAGGUAUUCAACUGCAGCAGAUAUGUGGGCUCUUGGUAUAACAAUGUAUCAAAUUGUGACAGGGGAGCAUCCAUUUAAUGUAACCAAUGAGGAAUCAUUUAGAGAUGACUUGUUCUCAGCUAAUGUAGACUGGUCAAGAAUGGCAGGCUAUCCAAGGCUUAAGAUUAUUGUUGAAAAUCUUCUUAGAGUUGAUCCUUAUAAGAGAUGGGAUGCAAAUAUGGUCCUUGCUUAUGCUUAGGAAUACUUUGUAAUCGAUAUUCAAAGAGUUUGGAGAGGAUAUUAAUAAAGAAGGGAAUUCAAGAGAAAAUGUAGAGGUCUUGUGAUGAUGCAAGCCCACAUCAAGGGCUUCGUGACUAAGAUGCGCUACAGAAAAGAUAAGGUGUUCAGGAAAGACUAUGCAGCCAGAAGGAUACAGUCUAGAUUUAGAUCGUAUCAAGCUAGAAAGAUAUUCUUAAGAUAAAAGCAUGCUAUUAUGAAGUGUCAGGCAAACGUCCUCACAAGGCAAUACCGUAGAGCUUACUUGAAGAUGAGAAGUGAUGCGAUCAUAGCUUAGCAGUAUAUCAAGCGUUUCCAUGCCAUGCUUUGGUAUAAACGUAUCAAGGAGAGCAAAGAAAGUUUAGAGAAUCACAUUGAAUCUAUUAAUGAGAUGAUUAACAAGUUUAACCUUGAUGCUAAUCAGUUUAAGAACUAAUUUGCUAGCAAGGAGAUUACAAAGCCACUUGAGUACCUUAAUAAUUUUGAGUAAUAUGAAAUGAUUAAAGCGAAAAGAGGUAUGAUAGAGCAGUCUCAUGUGCCGAAACUUCAUUAACUGACUGGGGAAUACGAAAAGUUGCUUGAAGAGAAUAAGAGACUUCAAGAGGGCCAGAAUGCGGGGGGCAAUAGGAAUCCUAAUGUUCCAGAUUACCUUAAUGAUGAGUCGCUUAAGAAUCAACUGGGUGAUAAGUAUAAUGAACUGGGUGAUAUGGUCAACAAUCUGAAAGAAAAUUUACUCAGAAUAGCCUAGUAAGCAAAGUCCUCCCAGCCUCUUCAAUUGAAAAUGCAGCAUCCUUAUCAGUAUUCGAAAUGGGACUCUAUUCAUGAGCCAUACAAUAUAGUUGAAAAUGUCUUGAAGGACGAUGAAAGCGUCUAUAAGGCAUUGACUCCGUAACUAGACUUUACUCUUGGAUAGGGAGCUUUAUGCUAUGUAUCUGAGGUUGUAUUGCAUCCAGGGGAUUGUGGUCCUGCUACAGUGGAGAUAUAUGUUUCGAAUACGAUGGACAAGUGGACUUUUGUGAAAUAGUAUAACUGCACUAAGCAAGGAGCUUAGAAACUUGUAGUACCAGGUGAGCAUGUCUGCAAAUAUUUGAGAGUAAGAUGCAUAAACAAUAUCAGAGGUGGUAACCUUGUCGAUAUAAGAUUUAUACUAAUAAAAGGUCUCAUAAAAAACCUCUGA